UUCUUAUUGAUAGGUGAAUUCACAAACUGCAAGAACUAUAACACAAAUCGUAUUGCUCAUCAGAGAAUUCACACAGGAGAGAAAGCAUUUCCAUGUUCUGACUGUGGGAAAUGUUUUACUGUGAAAUCAACUCUUAUUGCACAUCAGAAAAUUCAUACAGGGGAGAAAGCAUUUUCAUGUUCUGACUGUGGGAAAUGUUUUAUUCAGAAAUCACAGCUUAUUGUACAUCAGAAAACUCAUACAGGAGAGAAAGCAUUUCCAUGUUAUGACUGUGGGAAAUGUUUUAUUCAGAAAUCACAGCUUAUUGUACAUCAGAAAACUCAUACAGGAGAGAAAGCAUUUCCAUGUUCUGACUGUGGGAAAUGUUUUACUCAGAAAUCACAGCUUAUUGUACAUCAGAAAACUCAUACAGGAGAGAAAGCAUUUCCAUGUUCUGUCUGUGGGAAAUGUUUUACUAUGAAAUCAAGUCUUAUUGCACAUCAGACAAUUCAUACAGGAGAGAAAGCCUUUUCAUGUUCUGACUGUGGGAAAUCUUUUACUUCGAAACAAAAUCUUAUUGCACAUCAGAAAAUUCAUACAGGAGAGAAAACCUUUUCAUGUUCUUACUGUGGCAAAUGUUUUACUUUGAAACAAAAUCUUAUUGCACAUCAGAAAAUUCAUACAGGAGAGAAAGCCUUUUCAUGUUCUGACUGUGGGAAAUGUUUUACUAUGAAAUCAAGUCUUAUUUCACAUCAGAAAAUUCAUACAGGAGAGACAGACUUUUCAUGUUCUGACUGUGGGAAAUGUUUUGCUAUGAAAUCAACUCUUAUUACACAUCGGAAAACUCAUACAGGAGAGAAAGACUUUUCAUGUUCUGACUGUGGGAAAUGUUUUACUAUGAAAUCAACUCUUAUUGGACAUCAGAAAGUUCAUACAGGAGAGAAAGACUUUUCAUGUUCUGACUGUGGGAAAUGUUUUACUUUGAAAUCAAAUCUUAUUAAGCAUCAGAAAACUCAUACAGGAGAGAAAGACUUUUCAUGUUCUGACUGUGGGAAAUGUUUUACUAUGAAAUCAACUCUUAUUACACAUCAUAAAAUUCAUACAGGAGAGAAAGCAUUUUCAUGUUCUGACUGUGGGAAAUGUUUUACUCGGAAAACAACUCUUAUUAGGCAUCGGAAAACUCAUUGA